UGACAGACUCCUCUGGCGAGUUGUUCCCAUCUCCAGCAGUCAUGGCGGUGUCAGGGACUCGCGAAGAUGGAGUGAAUACUUUCACAAUCACCACGUCUUCAUCUUGAUUUUUUAAACUAUUGUUUUAAUCUUAACUUCAUGGUGGACUGUAUCUGCGGUCGUCUGAGAUAUUACAAACAUCCCGCUGGCUGCUGCUGCUGUGCUUCCAACGAUGGCCGACCGCGGCGUUGAUCUGUCAGCUUUGCCUAAAGAGGUCAGGGACCAGCUGGCGGAGUUGGAUCUGGAACUGUCCGAAGGCGACAUUACACAGAAAGGCUAUGAGAAGAAAAGGACCAAACUUUUGGCUCCUUACAUCAUCCACACUCCAGUGGAGCCGCCCCGUCAGAAUGACGUGCAGCCUCCUGCUCCCAGUUCCUCCUCCAGCCAUGCCCCUCCCCCCUCAAGCUCAUCCCGUUACCGGGAACGCCGCUCCCGCAGGACACAUCGGGGCGGAGGAACCAGGGAUGACCGCUACAGAUCAGAUAUUCACACUGAAGCAGUACAAGCUGCUCUGGCGAAACAUAAAGAGGAGAAGAUGGCGCUUCCCAUGCCUACCAAGCGACGCUCCACCUAUGUGCAGUCUCCCAUUGAAACCCGCACACCACCAGAUUCCUCAUCAGGUUCUGAGGACGAGACGGCCGUGCGCCGACAGUCGUCAGUGGUCGCUCCUCCACCCAUGGUCCAUCCCAACUUGCAGAGUCCAGACGCUUGGAUCAACCGUACCGUCCAGGGCUCCUCCACCUCCUCCUCAGCCUCUUCCACCCUGUCCCAUGAGAGAGAGGCCAAGCCUCAGAGCCAUGCUCAGCCUCAGCCACAGUACAAACCCCAGUACCAGCCUCAGUAUCAGCCUCAGUACCAGCCGCAGUAUCAGCCACAUGAACAUCCACACAGUGCAGCCAUCACCAACAUGCUAGCCCAGAGUCGCAUCGCCCCCUCAGAGAACAGCGCUCCCCCUCCAGAUGUGACAGCUAUGGCCACUCAAUCCCGGGGCUCACGGGUGGACCUGCCCAACAACGCUGUGGUCCGAGGGAUGAGCCGGGGGCAGAGCCGCUCGAGCAUGAUGGAGACUGGGGAUGGAGUUCCUGUGAGCAGCAGAGUGUCCACAAAGAUCCAGCAGCUGCUCAACACCCUGAAGAGGCCAAAGAGGCCGCCGCUCAGCGAGUUUUUCACUGACGACUCUGAGGAGAUCGUAGAAGUGCCCACACCGGACCCCAACACCCCAAAGCCAGAGGGCCGUCAGAUCAUCCCAGUGAAAGGAGAGCCUUUGGGUGUGGUCAGUAACUGGCCCCCAGCUCUGCAGGCAGCACUAGCCCGAUGGGGGGCCACUCAGGGGAAAAGUCCUGCACUCACUGCUCUUGACAUCACUGGAAAACCCCUCUACACAUUGACUUAUGGGAAGCUGUGGAGUCGCAGUGUGAAGCUGGCAUACACACUCCUUAACAAGCUGGGCGCCAAGAAUGAGCAGAUCCUCAAACCCGGGGACAGGGUGGCCCUUGUUUACCCUAACAGUGACCCUGGAAUGUUUUGGGUGGCUUUCUAUGGCUGCCUCCUGGCUGAAGUGAUUCCUGUUCCUAUUGAAGUUCCACUGUCUCGCAAGGAUGCAGGUAUCAGCCAGGUGGGUUUCCUGCUCGGUAGCUGCAGUGUGGGUCUGGCUCUGACCAGUGAGAUCUGUCUCAAAGGUUUACCAAAGACACCAACAGGGGAAAUAAUGCAGUUUAAAGGCUGGCCUCGAAUGAAGUGGGUGGUCACUGACUCAAAAUACCUAACCAAGCCGUCCAAAGACUGGCAGCCGCACAUCCCGACAGCCAACACUGACCCUGCUUAUAUAGAGUACAAGGCGAGUAAGGAGGGCACAGUGGUGGGUGUGGCUGUCUCUAAAGUAGCCAUGUUAACCCACUGCCAAGCUCUGACCCAGGCCUGCAACUACUGUGAAGGGGAAACUCUAGUGAAUGUUCUGGACUUUAAGAAAGACAUGGGUCUGUGGCAUGGAGUUCUAACAGCUGUGAUGAACAGGAUACACACCAUCAGUGUCCCCUAUGCAGUGAUGAAGGCCUGUCCUCUCUCCUGGGUACAGAGGGUUCAUGUUAACAAAGCCCGUGUAGGUUUGGUGAAGUGCCGUGAUCUCCACUGGGCCAUGAUGGCUCAUAGGGAACAGAGAGAUAUCAGCCUGGCCUCAUUACGGAUGCUGAUUGUUGCUGAUGGUGCUAACCCAUGGUCAGUGUCUUCAUGCGAUGCCUUCCUAAACGUGUUUCAGUCACACGGGCUGAAACCAGAAGUUAUCUGCCCCUGUGCCACCUCCCCUGAAGCUAUGACAGUCGCUAUACGCAGACCGGGAGUCCCUGGUGCCCCCCUCCCUGCCCGAGCCAUCCUCUCUUUGAGCGGCCUGAGUCAUGGUGUCAUCAGGGUCAACACUGAAGAUAAAAACUCUGCCCUUACUGUACAGGAUGUGGGGCACGUCAUGCCUGGAGCUCUGAUGUGCAUUGUGAGGCCGGAUGGGCCUCCUCAGCUGUGUAAAACAGAUGAGAUAGGAGAGAUAAUCGUCAACUCGCGCGCUGGAGGCAACAUGUACUAUGGCCUGCCUGGAGUCACCAAAAACACCUUUGAGGUGAUACCAGUUAACGCUAACGGAGUUCCCAUCGGAGAGAUUCCAUUUGUGCGAUCAGGUCUUCUGGGAUUUGUUGGCCCAGGCAGUCUGAUCUUUGUGGUGGGGAAAAUCGAGGGUCUGCUGAUGGUGAGCGGGCGGAGACACAACGCUGAUGAUCUGGUGGCCACCGCUCUUGCGGUAGAGCCAGUGAAGACUGUUUACCGCGGGAGGAUCGCUGUGUUUUCAAUCUCAGUGUUCUAUGAUGAGAGGGUUGUGAUUGUGGCAGAGCAGAGACCUGAUGCCAGCGAGGAGGACAGCUUCCAGUGGAUGAGUCGAGUAUUACAGGCUAUUGACAGCAUCCAUCAGGUGGGCAUCUACUGUCUGGCUCUGGUCCCAGCUAACACUUUGCCUAAAACCCCGCUGGGCGGCAUUCAUAUCUCAGAUACCAAGCAGUUCUUCUUAGACGGCAGCCUGCAUCCCUGCAACAUCCUAAUGUGUCCCCACACAUGUGUCACCAACCUGCCCAAGCCCCGCCAGAAGCAGCCCGUUGGUGUUGGCCCUGCGUCUGUCAUGGUGGGCAACCUGGUGGCAGGGAAGAGGAUUGCCCAGGCUGCAGGGAGGGACCUGGGCAUGAUCGACGAUCAGGAUCUUGUCAGAAAGCAUCAGUAUUUGUCAGAGGCUCUACACUGGAGGGCACAGACAGACCCAGACCAUGUCCUCUUUGUUCUUCUGAACGCCAAGGGUGUGGCAGUGAGCACGGCGACCUGUGUCCAGCUUCACAAGCGUGCAGAGAAGAUCGCUGCAGCGCUCACAGAGAAAGGGAGCAUCAAUACCGGGGAGAACGUGGUGCUUCUUUAUCCUCCUGGCAUUGAUUUGAUUGCUGCCUUUUACGGCUGUCUCUAUGCUGGAGUUGUUCCUGUAAACGUCAGACCUCCACACCCACAGAACCUGGCAGCCACACUGCCCACUGUCCGCAUGAUAAUUGAUGUCAGUAAAGCUGCAUGCAUUCUAACCACUCAACAUCUCAUGAGGACUCUGCGCUCCAAAGAGGCUGCUGCGUCUGUCAACAUAAAAACGUGGCCAACAAUCAUUGACACAGAUGACCUUCCUCGCCGCCGGCCUCCACAGAUCUAUAAGCCGCCCACAGCAGAGAUGAUAGCUUAUCUAGACUUCAGUGUGUCCACAACAGGCAUGCUCACUGGGGUCAAGAUCUCCCAUGCAGCUGUCAGCGCUCUCUGUCGCUCUAUAAAGCUGCAGUGUGAACUGUACUCCUCUCGCCAAAUAGCCAUCUGCCUUGAUCCAUACUGCGGUCUGGGCUUCGUCUUGUGGUGCCUCGCAAGCGUUUACUCAGGUCACCAGUCCAUCCUGAUUCCUCCCUUCGAGUUGGAGAGCUGCUUGUCUCUGUGGCUGAGCACACUCAGUCAGUACCGCAUCAGAGAUACCUUCUGCUCCUACUCGGUCAUGGAGCUCUGCACUAAAGGGUUGGGGACUCAGACUGAGCUGCUCAAGGCUCGUGGUGUGAACUUGUCGUGCGUAAGGAGCUGCGUUGUGAUUGCAGAGGAGCGACCACGCCUAGCCCUCACACACUCCUUCUCCAAGCUGUUUAAAGACGUGGGGCUGUCGUCCAGAGCUGUCAGCACUGCUUUUGGGUCCAGGGUUAAUCUGGCUGUCUGCCUUCAGGGCACCACUGGUCCUGAUCCCUGUACAGUUUAUGUGGACAUGAAGUCUCUUCGCCAUGACAGAGUGAGGCUGGUGGAAAGAGGAGCACCUCAAAGUCUUCCUCUUAUGGAGUCUGGCAAGAUACUUCCAGGUGUUCGGGUGAUAAUCGUGAAUCCAGAAACCAGAGGUCCUCUUGGAGAUUCUCAUCUAGGCGAGAUCUGGGUGAACAGCCCUCACAGUGCCAGCGGCUACUACACCAUCUACGGGGAGGAGAGUCUACAGGCCAACCACUUUAACAUUAAGCUCAGCUUUGGAGACCCACAGACCUUAUGGGCCAGGACAGGAUACCUGGGCUUUGUGAAGAGGACUGAGCUGCUGGAUGCCAGUGGGGAUCGACAUGAUGCUCUCUUUGUGGUGGGCUCGCUGGAUGAGACCUUGGAGCUGAGAGGGCUGCGCUACCACCCCACUGAUAUUGAAACCUCAGUGUCCCGGGCUCAUCGCAGUAUUGCUGAGAGUGCUGUGUUUACGUGGACAAACCUUCUGGUGGUGGUGUCAGAGCUGUGUGGUUCAGAGCAGGACGCACUGGACCUGGUGCCUCUGAUAACCAACGUGGUGCUGGAGGAGCAUCACCUCAUCGUGGGGGUGGUGGUUAUCGUGGACCCCGGGGUCAUACCCAUUAACUCCAGGGGAGAGAAGCAACGCAUGCACCUUCGUGACUCUUUCCUCGCCGACCAGCUGGACCCCAUCUAUGUUGCUUACAACAUGUGAGGGCUUGUGGUGCUCUGGGCUUGUUUAGCCGUCAUCCAUGUUCUGGAUGCUUCUCUGUCAUCACUCCCAGCAUUUGACCACUGCUUGGCAGAUGGUGAAAAGGAAAAGCAUGAGCCACAUAUACUACCACCUAGCCCUGUGCAACACCAGCAUAUCUCGGCCACUGCAUGUCUGUGAUUGGACCUGCCAUGUUUGGAGUUGUUCACUGUGUUUUUUUUAGAUAGAAUUUUGCAAAUGAGACAGAAACAAUGCACUGCAUAUGACAAAGAGAGAAAAAAAAUCCUCUGUUGCACUUUUUUGGGGAGAGAGCAAAACAACACAUUCAUCAAAAACACUUUUGAAAUUCCAUAUUAAUGUCUUUGUGAAAAUCCAUCUUCUGUCUCUGUUCCUUCCACAAACCUCUUAAACACUUUCCUUUGUGGGUGUCAACACAGACUUCAAGAGCUACUAAACUUAUAUCUACAACUUGAAAUAUUUUUUACAUGCAGCUUUUAAAGAAGCGCGCACAAACGCAUGAGCAGACCCCUUGUCAGUCCUCACUUACAUGGAUGGAUUAAAGAGGGCGAAGUAACGCAAACUAUUACAGAAGUAAUAAAUCAGCCACAGGUUGUGUACAUUAUUUGGAAAGCUUAUUUUAUCCCAUUAUAAUGAAGCCAAAUAGAUUUUCACAACUUUCCUGCCCAAAUAUUUUUCCUGCCUUACAAAACUUCAGCCAUACAUUCCUAACUUAAUUUUUAUUGAGCCUAUUAUCAACAACUGUUUAUUCUCCUUUGGUUUUGACUAGUAGUGGAAAUCCUGAUACCCGAAGGGAAUCAAAAGAGGAAAGAGGCCAUAUUCUAUACUGUACUUAUAAAGGCCUGUUGUAUUUUAGAUACUGUACGCUACUGUAUAGAUAUUUUUAAUUGUACAAAUGUAUAAACACUUGACUUGUGUCCCUCAGUUGAUGGUGUGUGGAGGCAGCUGAGAGACAAAAAGAGUAGCAGGAAGAAGAUUGUAAAUAAGACUCAGCAGUACUUCUGAAGCAGAAUAUUAGCUGGAGGAUGAAAAUGAAUAACUUUAAAGCAUUGUUAGUCAGGAUAGAUGUAACACUGCACUUUCUCAAAAAAAAAGUCUAUUUUAUUAUAACAAUGAGGCAUUAUAAGGGAUAGCUAAGGAGAAUAUAUUAUUCUGUGGAGCUUUGAGAGUUUACAGGGAGGGCUAUCACUGUUAAUGCCAGGGACCUUUCCUGUCAGCAAAUAAAAAUACAGGAGUGAGGAGAAGGCUAAUACCAAUAUUACGACUGUUUUCAGGAGACAGUGUUUUUUGUAAAAAUGUUAAAGAAAGGCCCACAAUUGUCUCACAUCCAAUAUCCAUUGCCAGUGUACUUUGUGUUGCUUAACACUCUAACUCCUCUCAGUUUCGUAUUGCAUAAUAGAGUAAGUGUUCAAGAGGGAUUGGCCCUUCCCUUUUCCUCUUCACUCUUGAGAGUUCAUUGAACUGUGUUCUGUCUUUGUGCAACUUGGUUUGAAUUCUUUGGAAUUCGAACAGAUUCAAACAGGCACUGUAAGUCUGUACACCAUAGAUGCAAGUCAUCGUGUAUCUGGAUUCUUUUCUGUCCUCAGUCACUGGAUUUAUAAGCACUUGUUAAUGCAGUUGCAAAGCUGAGCCGCAUUAGACACAUCCUCUAUUGGCAAGAAAAGUAAUCAAUGAAAUAGAAAAUGUUUGAAAAAAAAAAAAAGAGUCAAAAUGCAUAUUGCAAUGUAUUUGCUUUUUUGUGCUCUCUUUGUGCUCCUUGCCAUCAUUUUUAAGUUCUUUGUACUGGAUUGUACUGUACUUCAUUGAUGGACCCUUAAUGUUAACAUGUAAAUAGACUUUUUUUGGACCUUUAAAACUGUCCCAUUUGACACUUAGUCACGCCAAACACAUUAUUUCAAAGAUCUUUAAUGGUUUUAAGUAAAACAUAAACAUGAUCCAUUCAGUUACUGCACUUUGCACUAGUGGUACUGACAGUAGGUUUCUACUGUGAUUGAUUCAAAUACCCCUACUUUAUGUCACAUUAAAUGUGGUAAUCACUGUAGAGAUAUAUUGCUUAACUUUUAAUUUCAUCCAGUUUAACCCCACCUUGAAGAAACAUUAUUAGUACUUCAUCUUUGCCUCUUAUAUUUGCAGCAGAAUGUUUGCAUGGCUCAGCCAGGCACAGGAGAAAGCAGCUUGAGGCACAUCUCAUUGUGGCACAAGUGGGGGAGACAUGCGUGUAUAAAAUAGUAUAUUCAGGGAAUAAAACUCGUAACACAGGGAUGGACCAGGUGGUCCCUUGGUGCAAUCUGUGAAAAAUACCCAUAAGAUGUAGACAUUUAGAAAGAGGGGUUAUUGAGAACCAUCCACCAUCUAUCUGCUUAGCAAGGAAGUCUAUAAGGGCUUCCUCUGGUUUCCACUCUUUUUUCUCUGUCAGAGUUCCUACACACUAUGCAAUCCCAAUGACGGUGCAAUUUGAUUUCAAAGCUUGCACAGUCUGAUGAAAUAUACAUGAUGCUUAUACAUUUUGUACUAACCAAGAACAGAGGACUGAUAAAAUGUAACUAGUAGUGUUUUUAAGAAUGCAUUGAUCUUUCUUCAGUUGUUCUGUCAAUAAUUUGUGUAUAACCCAUGGUAUGUUGUAUAUUAAUUAUUUGGUGAACUCUAAACUUCUCCAUGAGGGCAUGAUUAAUCUUCAAUGUUAGGGAGGUGUUGAAACUUAUAUAGUAAAGAAUAUACGUACACCCUUUCCCAUUUUCUCAUUUAUUUUCUAUUUGGUUUGUUGUAUUUUAUUUUAUACUUUAUGUUAAAGAAAUACAGAAUAAACAAAAGCAUUUAAUCAUU